AUGUCAUCAUCAUCGGAUCCACUUGCUGAUUAUCGUCGUUUAGCAGCAGAGAGAAGAAAUCGUUUAUUAGGUAACAACAAUACUUCUACUCCACCUCCAUCACCAUCAAAUUUAAAUAAUAAUAAUAAUAGUAUAUCAUCAUCAUCACCUUCAUCAUCAAAUAACACGACAACUAUUAAUAAUAAUAUAUCAUCAAAUACUCCUAAUAAUAAUAAUAAUAUAAAAACUAAAAAAUUAAAAUUAAUUGAAAAAUCCAAUGAAGAAAUAUUAAAAGAAAGAGAAUCAUUAAUUCCAUCAAAUUUAAUUUCAAUUUUAAAUCCAAAUACAGAAAAAAAGAAAUAUUUAGAAAAAUUAAAUUCUGAAAAUGAAUAUAGAUAA